AUGGUGGCUCUUGAUUAUUUAAAGAAAAAGAACAAAUGGUACCAAGACAUUAUGAUCAAUACCACAUGGGAGGGCUAUGGUGAUAAAAAUGAUUUGUUAUCGAAUGAGUCCACUGAAUCUGUAGAUGAGGAAAUGAUACAGAGAGAAGAUAGAGAAGAGAAUCAAGAGGUUGUAACUGAUACAUGUUUACAGCCCGUGGAUGUUGCACAGGAAGUUCUUGAUCAUUACUUUGAUGAUGUUUACAAUAUAGCCCCAGCGGAAGGGAAAAAUCCAAUCAGAAUGUUGCAGGAAGAAGGAAACGAAGCAAAGACCUUUCCACAUUUAUUUCCAAGUGGCAACUUUUCUUGGAAUGAAGACCGAGAUGUGAAGAUAACACUUUCAAGGUAUUUAAACAACAGACUGAUGAAUUCUGAUAACAGAUUUGCAAAAGACACAAAUUACAUAUUCUUCUCUCAGUACAUGUCAGAAUUGAACCAAGUAAUUGAAAAAACACAAAUUUCAAUACGGAAGUCUCUAUCAAAGCUUGAUAAUGGGAAAACAGUUACAUCUGAAAUGCUGCAAAAUCCAGAUGUUCUUUCAAAACUCCUAAGAAAUGACGAGGCUUUACGCUUUAUGCAACCUAUUCGUGGGACUCCAGCAUAUUGGUCAGCAACCCAGAAAGAUCUUUUUGCUAUGCUUCGACAGUUAGGCAUCCCAACAUGGUUUUGUUCAUUUUCUGCUGCAGAGUUUCGGUGGGAUGAAAUUAUUGGAUCAAUAUUGCAUCAUGAGAAUGAUCCUAGAUCCCCAUCUGAAUUGGACUGGUCAGAAAAAAGUGAAGUUUUAAGAAGCAAUCCAGUUACUGUGGCUAGAAUGUUUGAACAUAGAUUUCAUAUGUUUCAAAGGCAUGUCAUAUUGUCACCAUCAAAACCAAUAGGGAAUGUUAUUGACUUUUUUGUGAGAGUAGAAUUUCAACAAAGAGGCUCCCCGCACAUGCACUGUUUGUACUGGGUUGAAAAUGCACCAAAAUUUGGUGAAGAUGAGGAAGAAACUGUUUGUGAUUUCAUUGAUAGAUAUAUCACAUGUGCUCUACCCUCAGAAAAUGAUGACGCAGAAUUGCGGGGAAUUGUUUUAGGUGUUCAGCAACAUAGCAAGAAUCACUCAAAAUCAUGUAGGAAAAAGGGAACAGAAUGUAGGUUCCACUUUCCAAGACCACCAUCAGAAAGAACUUUCAUAACAAAGCAGUGUGAGGAAGAUGUUGAGGACUCUGAGAGUGACGGAAAAUUAUGUAAAUCUCAGGCAAAAGAUAUUUUAUUGCGUGUUUGGAAUGAAGUUCUUGAUGAUGUGAAUGGAUGCAAAACAACUGAGGAAAUUUUCAGAAAUUUGCAAUUAUCACAAGAUGUUUAUGAAAUGGCACAUAGGGCAUUAUCUACAAAAACAAGUACUAUCUUAAAACGAAAUCCAGAUGAAAUGUGGACAAAUCAAUACAACACAUGUCUUCUCAAAUGCUGGGAUGCUAAUAUGGAUAUACAGUACAUCCUUGACCCAUUUAGCUGCAUUGUGUACAUUAUUUCGUACAUUUCAAAAUCGGAACGGGAAAUGGGAAUGUUGUUGAAACAAACUCAAGUAGAAUCCGCAGAGGGAAAUUUGAAUGCUCGACAAACGAUAAGGAAGAUUGGAUCAGCUUAUCUCAACCAUAGAGAGGUCAGUGCCCAGGAAUCGGUAUACAGAGUUUGCAAUCUAAAAAUGAAAGAAAGUUCAAGAAAAGUAGUUUUUGUUCCUGUGGGUGAAAAUCCGACUCGUUUGAGUAAACCUCUUGCACAAAUGAGAAAAACGUCAAAGAAUGAAAAUGAAAUGGAAGAAGAUGAUGACAGCAUUUGGAUGACAAAUAUAGUGGAAAGGUAUGAAAGUCGACCUGAUGUACACCCUUUUCCCGAAAUGUGCCUUGCAGAAUUUUGCUCUGAAUUCCGUGUUUUGGCGAAGUCUCAGAUUCCUCAGGGAGAAAAAGAAGGAGUGUAUGAAUUGAAAAAUGGAAAUGGUUACGUGCAGAAAAGAACUAGAGGUAAACCAGCUGUUAUAAGAUAUCCAAGGUUCAACCCUGAAAAUGCAUCAGAAAAAUAUUAUCAAUCAAUACUUCAGCUUUUCCUUCCAUAUUUGACCCAAGAUCAACUAAAACCACCUGGAUUUGAGUUUUACCAGACGUUUUUUGAAAACGGAUUUGUCAAAUUGAAUGCUGAAAACAAAUUGCAAUCAGUGCGGAAUGUGGUGGAAAAUAACCGCAGUAGUUUCUCAAAGAAUGAGGAUGCCCUUGAAAAUGCUCAAGAAAUUUUAGAACUUUGUGGUGAACCUGAGGAUGCUUGGGCCAAUCUUUGUUCGGAGACUGAAAGAAAUCGGGAAGAAUGUCUUAACGAAAAGAGGAGAAUUGAGCAGUCUGAAAACAAAGAACCAGAGAUAACUAAUGAAAUCGAAAAUGACGGCUCCUCAGAAUUUAUAUACCAUAUAAGAGAGUAUUCUAGCUCAAGACAAGAAAUGCUUCCUUUAUUGAGAAGUUUGAAUGAAAAACAAAAACAAGUUUUCUAUUUAGUUCGUGAGUGGUGUUUGAAAAAAGUAGGUGGGAAGAAAAUAGAACCAUUACAUAUUUUCAUUACUGGAGGUGCAGGAACAGGUAAAAGCCACUUAAUCAAGACCAUACAGUAUGAAGCCUCUCGAAUUUUUGAGAAAACAGUUUUGUCUCCUACAGAUUUGUCAGUUCUUCUAACAGCUUUUACUGGAACAGCGGCUUUUAAUAUUGGGGGAAGCACAAUUCAUCACGUAUUUUCCUUAACGAAAGCUCUUCCCAUUCCAUAUGAACCUCUGAAAGAACAAAGUUUGAGUGCAAUGAGAACAAGAUUAGGAUCAUUGCAGAUUCUUAUUAUUGAUGAAGUUUCCAUGGUUUUUAAACGACUUCUAUAUUAUAUACACGAACGCUUGGUCCAAAUCAGAAAAUGCAAAGAACCAUUUGGUGGUAUUUCGGUUAUAGCUGUUGGAGAUUUCUUUCAACUACCACCAGUGAAACAACGAAAACUAGAAAUAUUGUACAAAGAAAAUGGGGAAUAUCCAGUAGACUACUGGUUAGACUUUUUCAAAAUCAUCGAGUUGGACGAAAUAAUGAGACAACGAGACGAUGCUGCAUUUGCAUCAGUUUUAAAUUCACUACGAAUUAGAACGAUCACAGAACCUCUAUCAGAAGAGGCAAAAACAAUGUUGAAAGAAUGUAUUAGAGAUGGACCAGAUGACGUUUUGCAUGUGUAUCCUACAAAUAAUGAAGCCAAUGAGUAUAAUCUGAAGAUGUUGCAUACUAACUGUGAAGAACUGAUGGAGAUUACUGCAGAAGAUUAUCAGAAAGACAAAACUACAGGAAAGCUUACCUUAUGCGAGAAACCAUUCAUUAGAACAAGAACAGAUGGACUAUCAGCUACUUUGCUGUUGUCUGUGAAUGCUAGAGUGAUGUUGACGAGAAAUAUUAACGUUGAAGAUGGCCUUGUAAAUGGUGCAAUGGGGCAUAUUUCAGCUAUCGAUUUUGGAAAAGCUGAGCAAAGAAAUAGGGUAGAUAGCAUUAAAGUAAUGUUUGAUUGUAAAGACAUUGGGAGACUGCAGGGAAAAGGAACACAUGGAAAUGAAGUCCUUAUUCAAAGAAUACAAGAAGAUAUCAAAGAGAAAAAUACAAAGAGUGUUGUUAGACAUCAAUUUCCUUUGAAACUCGCAUGGGCAUGCACAGCGCAUAAAGUUCAAGGAAUGACAACAAACAGUGUUGUAGUAAAUUUAGAUCGUACUUUCGCUGCAGGACAGGCAUAUGUUGCUAUUAGUCGUGUCACUUCCCAGAAUGGUUUAUUUAUAGAAACAGGAGAUGAAAAUGCACUGGAGAAAAAAAUUUACGCCAAUCCAGAUGUGAAAUCAGCACUGAGUAAGAUGGAAAAAUUAAUCACCGAACACGAUUUCCCAAAUAUCUCCACAGAAACUGAAAAAUUCAAAACUAUUGUCUUACUUAAUGUGCAGAGUUUAAGAGGACAUGUUCAAGACCUAAAAAGUGAUACCAGAUUUCUUCAUGCAAACUUUUUAUGUGUAACAGAAACAUGGUUGACAGACAAUGACUGUACUAAAGCCUUUGAAAUCAAAGACUUCGAAUUCAAUCACACUACAAGGGAGCAGUCUUAUGAUGAAAGUGUGGAAUGUUUGGAUAAACUUCGCACAGCAAAAGGUGGGGGUGUUGGUAUUUACAAGAAAAGAGAGGAAAAGGCUUUAGUUCAUGUUUUGUCCAAAAAUAAUAUUGAGGGAAUGGCCGUGGAACUUUGCGAAGAAAAUACUAUUAUCAUCGUUGUAUAUCGACCAAGUGUACUCAAUGUCAGAUGUUUUCUACAACACUUUCAGAGGGUUAUUGAUUUCUUUAAAGUACAAUAUUCUAAAUGCCUAAUACUUGGAGACUUCAAUGAAGACGCUACAUUGGAAGGACCGAUUCAAAAGAUGUUGGAGACUAACGGUUUCAAGCAGAAAGUAAACCUUGCUACAACAGAUGGUGAUACUAUACUGGAUCAUGUAUAUAUUACAAAAGAAAUGGAAGUUCAUAUAGAAAUCAUGCCAGUGUAUUACAGCUAUCAUGACGCUGUAACAGUGCAUUUCAAAACGAAGUAA